GACAACCAACAUGUACAGCACCGAGAAGCUGAAAGUGCUACUCUUGUGCAGCCUGGCUUUGAUGGCCGUGGCCGAGGAGACGAAGAAAAGUGAAACUAACGUUGAAAAAAAGGAUGAGAAAACGAAGCGUGGCCUAGAACUAAGCCUGGGAAGUCACAGUUUCGGGGGAGGUUUUGGAGGAGGUCAUGGUUUCGGCGGAGGUCAUGGUUUCGGAGGAGGCGGCUUUGGCGGAGGCAGUGGUGGUGGUGGUGGUGGUGGCAGCUUUGGAGGCGGCGAACAUAUCUCGACCGAACAUAUUCCGGCGGUGACGAUAACGAAACAAGUACAUGUCCCGGCACCGUAUCCAGUCGAGGUUGAAAAACAUGUACCUUAUCCGGUAAAAGUACCAGUUAAGGUACCCAUAGAUCGACCGGUUCCUGUCCACGUGCCAGCACCUUACCCGGUAACCGUCGAGAAGCAUGUACCCUAUCCAGUGGAUAAACCAGUACCUUAUCCCGUCAAGGUACCAGUCAAGGUUCCCAUCAAAGUGCCGUAUCCAGUCAAGGUGCCAGUCAAGGUUCCCUACACUGUGUCAAAACCCGUACCUUAUCCAGUUAAAGUUCCAGUAGUCGUGAAAGAACCUUAUCCCGUGUUACUCGAGGAUCAUCAUGGAGGUGGUGGUUUUGGCGGUGGAUUUGGCGACGGUGGUUACGGUGGUGGACACGAGCUCGAACUCGGUGGCUUCGGUCAUCACUGAGAUCGAGCUGUGAUAUAACACUACGACGACCAACAGGGACCUCACUACUCUCCGUGUUUUUCCUUCUUCUUGUCCUAUCCCUCCUUCACCGCAAACUCUCUUCUUCUUUCUACUUUCGAUGAAAACCGCGCACCAUCGUCGGAGAGAGAGAGAGAGAGAAAGAGAGACAGAGAGAGAGAGAGAGAGAGAGAGAGAGAGAAAACCAUUGGAUACAUCCCCCACGAGGAAGAUGGAAUGGCACUCGUAGGUACGUUAAACUGUAGAGAAAAAUUUCGCUCGAUAGAAAGAACGAAAAUAAAUGAGAGUGCCGCCGGGAACGAGAUAUUGUAUUUGCUGCGCUGAGAUUUUUCCCGAACGACCUGUAUUAUAUCUUCUUUUUUUUGUAAAUGAAUAAAAUGAUAUUUUUUUGUA